AUGAUGAAGAGCUUCCUUUCGUACCUCUUGUUAGUGCCCCAGUUGGCAAUCUGCUUCUCCGGCAGCCAGCCAAACGUCAGUAGAAACACCCUCAUGGCAAAUGCCACAAACAACCUCCCCCUUAAAGUUUCCGUCAUCGGCAGUGGGAGUUGGGGAACCGUCGUUUCAAAAAUUGUAGCCGAGAAUACGCAAAAGUCGAAAAUAUUCCACCCGCUGGUUAGGAUGUACGUAAAGGAAGAAAUUGUAGACAACGAUAAAUUAAGUAACAUUAUAAACACGAAAAAGGAAAACGUAAAGUACAUGAAGGGGAUGAAGGUGCCUGACAAUGUAGUGGCCAUUUCGAAUUUGAAGGACGUGGUUGAGGAUGCCGACCUGCUCAUCUUCGUAGUGCCUCAUCAGUACCUGGAGAACGUGCUAAACGAAAUUGUGAAAAACGAAAACCUCAAAAAAGGUGCAAAGGCGAUAAGCCUAAUGAAGGGAAUCAAGAUAGACAACUGCAGGCCCACACUUCUGUCCAAUGUAAUUGAGGGCAAGCUAAAAAUUGGGUGCUCAGCUUUGUCCGGCUCCAACAUAGCGAAUGAGCUGUCUACGGAAAACUUCAGCGAAAGCACCAUCGGCUUUGAAGAUGCCCAGGCGGCGGGGAUCUGGCAGGAGCUGUUCGACAGGACGUACUUCAAGAUAAACUGCGUCCAGGACAAGCCGGGGGUGGAGGUGAGCACUGAUGGCAGAGUCCGCACUACAUGCGGAGCGUUGAAAAACGUAGUCGCGUUAGGAGUGGGAUUUGUGGAUGCAUGCAGGCACAGCUAUAACACAAAGUCAGCUAUUAUCAGAAUUGGCCUUGACGAAAUGAAGAGGUUCGCCCGGUUGUUCUUCCCGGACGUUCUAGAUGAAACCUUUUUAGACAGUUGUGGCCUGGCUGAUCUCAUAACGACAUGUCUUGGGGGAAGGAACCUCAAAUGUGCACGGGAGUUCGCCACAAGGAACGGAAAGGAUUCCUGGGAUCAGAUCGAAAUGGAGCUUCUCAACGGGCAGAAGCUUCAGGGCAUCCACACCGCCAAGGAAGUGUACGGUGUGCUGGAGAACCACAAAUUAAAAAACGAAUUUCCAUUAUUCAGCACAAUCUACGAAAUUGCAUUUCGACAUAAAAAUCCGUCGAGCAUUAUUGAUGUUCUUUCGACAAAAAAAUUAAGACACAUAAGGUAUAAGAGUUGACGGGAAGAAACGGGAAGAAUAAAAAAGGGAAAAAAAAAAGAAAGGCGGAUACGAACGUAUCAGCAUCCGCACGCAUGUACUACUCAUACACACUUCUUACACACUGCAAGCACCUGCUCGGCGAAAAUCGAGGCGCUACCCAAACACAUGUUGCUACCCAAACAU